AUGAUAAUAAAAAGAAAUAAAUAUAUUUUGCUGAUCUAUUCAAUAGGAGCACUAUUGAUUUAGCAGGUAUAUUCUUAGAUCUAAAAUUGUAAAACACUCGACCCAAAUAAUCCAUAGUUAUGUAUUUAAUGUGAAAAUGAUUAUUUGGUUUAACUAUAAAAACUAUGUGUAAAAUCAUGCGAAGACUAUUAGUAUAGUGAUAAAACUUCCUGCAUAUCUUGCAGUUCAUCAAUAGCAAACUGCUGGAAAUGCACAUAUUCUAAUAGCAUAGUUAGUUGCUCAACAUGUUUGAAUAAUUAUUAACUUUCUUAAAAUUCCUUAUAAUGUUAUUAGGUUAUAAAUAACUGCUAAUAAUAUUCUUCGGACUACUCGAAAUGUUAACAAUGUGCAGCAAAUUUUACUCUCUCUAAUAACGGUUUAAGUUGUUUAUCACCAUGUGAUGCAAAUACUCCAGGGUAUGUUUAGAUUGGAGCUUCAUGUGUUUAAUGCUCUACUACUUGCUAAACUUGUUCAAAAACAGCAACGAAUUGUACUUCUUGUUAGUCUAAAACUUUGUACCUUGAUUUGAAUUUAAACCCUGCUUUUUAAGGAGAAUACACUUGUUAAACACUUUGCAACAAUCCUCUUACUUCAUAUGUAGACUAAAAUCAGACAUGUUAACCAUGCAAUUCAAGUUGCUUAAGCUGUGUUAAUAACGCAUACUACUGCACUUCAUGCUAUAAAGACAAAUUUUUGUAGAUGAUUUCUGGGUAAAAUUUUGGAAUAUGCUAAAGCACAUGUAAUACAGGAUAUUUUUAAAAUUAACAAACAAACACCUGUGAUAGUUGUAGUAGUAACUGCAAUUAAUGUUUCAACAGCUAAUAAUGCACUUCUUGUUAAUCAGGAUUUACUCUGUUAAUAGCCUCCAGUUCCUAGUCUUAGUGCGUUUAAUAAGGCACAUCUGUUGAUGGUUACUAUUUUGACAAGACUUCCUAAUAAUACUUAAAGUGCUCAAAUUCUUGCUUAACUUGCAAAGAUAGCUCAUAGUUCUGCACUAGUUGUCAACCAUCUCUUCUCCUUGAUAUUUAAGGUGGAUUAUGUUUGUCAAAAUGUCCUAUAAACAAGCUUCAAACUGGUUAACAAUGUCAAAGCUGUUCAGAUCUUGGUGUUCCUAACUGUAACUAAUGCCAAAGAAAUGGAUCAAAUGUUAUUGUGUGUUCUAGCUGUUAGUUAGGAUAUUACUUGAAUAGUGGUAGCUGCUCAAAAUGUGAUAGCUCUUGUAAAGAUUGUUUUGGUUCGGCAACCAGCUGUACUCUCUGCUUUUAUCCUUAUGUUCUAGAUAAAAAUAGCUGUUAAAAAACUUGCUCCUCAGGAGAAUAUGUUGAUACAAACAACGUUUGCUAAUAAUGCAAUCAUGAAUGUAGUUCAUGCUUUGGUUAAUCAUAUAAUUGUACUAGUUGUGCAAAUAAAAGCUAAUUUAUAGAUUUGAUAAGUCCAACUAUACCAGGGAAGUAUACAUGUAAAAAUAGUUGCAACAACCCAAUUACAACUUAUCGAGAUGCUAACAACUAUUGCUAGCCAUGUAGCUCUAGCUGCUAUCAAUGUAGUGGUUCAGCAAAUAACUGUCUAUCUUGCUUAGGAAAUUUAUUCUUAUAGACUUCAGUUGAUGCAAAUAAUAAUCCUAUUCAAAUAUGUACAUAAAAUUGUCAAAUUACAAGCUAUUAGGAUCCUACUUCAGGUUCGUGCAAGCCUUGCGACAAUACCUGUUACAGUUGCUCUAGUAGCUUAGCAACAAACUGUACUUCGUGUAAAAGCCCUAAUAUUUUAACAAUAAAUUUAUUGCAGACUUUCUAAUGUUCUUAAAGCUGCAAUUUAGCCAAUGGUUAUUUUAUGAGCUAUAGAAAUUUUACAAUUAAUAAUACUUUGCAGAGAGUUCCAACUUGUGAAUAAUGCAGUACAUCAUGCUUAUUAUGCUAAGACAGUCCUUCUAAUUGCAUUAAAUGCCCAAGUGCUCAAAGUUUGUAUUAAAACACAUGUAUUGCUACGUGUCCAGCAGGAUAUUAUAAGUAAAUGUCAAUUGAUGGGAAGAGUAGUGUGUGCUAAUAAUGUUAUAGUACUUGCAAAACUUGUUCGGAUGCCACAUAAAUUUGCUCAACUUGUAUCGACGAAUAUUAUAAAGGAUAGGAUGGUAAAUGCUAUCCAUGUGAAUUUCCUUGCUAAAACUGCAUAAAUAACAAUACAACUUGCACGAGUUGUUUUGAUAUAAUGUACCUUCUACCUUCCACUAAUCAAUGUGUUUACACAUGUGAUUUUAGUAACGGAUAUUACACUCAAAUAAAUACAAAUAUUUGCUUAAAGUGUGAUUCUUCUUGCCUGACUUGCCAGAAUUAUCCAACUCAAUGUAUUGUUUGCGCAAAUGGCUUACUACUUUAACACUAUCCAGACCCAAAAUAAAAUAAAUGUGUUUACUCAUGCGAUGUCGGAUACUAUAAAGAUAACAUUUCAAACUCAAAUUGCUAUUAGUGUAAUUCAGUCUGUUAUACUUGCUCUGAUUAGUACACUUGCACAACUUGCCCUGGUUCACAAUAUCUUCAAUAAUUUUAUAGAAACCCUAGCUGCACUACUUAGGGUUGUCCAUUAUAAAUAACUUGCGUGAAUACAUGCUACACAGGCUUCUACCCCUCAGGAAAUUCUUGCAUAUAAUGUGAUCCAAAAUGUACUUAAUGUACUUCAUUAUAUUAAUGCUAAGCCUGUGUUAACACUCCUUCAGCUAAAUACUAUUUAUAAUAUGAUACAUAUACAGGAUAUACUCUUUGCCAGUCUAGUUGCAAUUCAGGAUACAUACCAGAUAUUAACAAUAUCUGCUAAUUAUGUACCAGUAAUUGUAUAACAUGUGCUAAUUCAAGCUAAUGUUUAAUAUGUGAUUCAGCAAAUAAUUAUGCAUUAGAUCCUCCUACAGGAAGGUGCAUAUGUGCUCCCGGGUAUAUUUCAAACGGUUCUGUUUGCACAUAUUGUUAUGUAUAGCCAUAAGACGGCAGUUUUACAGUAAUUAAUCCUAAUUGCAAAACAUGUGUAACAGACUCUUUUUUUGUGUAUAAUUGCGAUACAUGUAGUGAUAGUUAUUUUUUAUCACCUUAAAUAUAUACAAUUUAUGUCCCAUUGGGAUGUAGUUAUCCUGAUGAUGAUGAUUGUACACCAGUAUAUUAUUAUUAUAAUAAAUGUGAAAUUUGUAAUAAAGGUUCUUUAUAUAAUGCAAAAACAUGUAAAUAAAACGCUUUGACGUACAUAAUUUAUGCACUUACUUGCUAAGAUGGAUAUUAUUUGUAUUCUGAUACUUAUUAUAUUGGUAUUUGCUUGCAAUGUAACACAAAUUGUUUAACAUGUUCUUCAUAUACUGCUUGCUUAAGUUGUUAACCAGGUUACUUUCUAGAUGAAAACAAUAUUUGUAGAUAGUAUUGCUUUGAUAAAUCACCGUCUAUAAAGUAUGUUCCUUUGAAGAAUUAGAAUUCUCAAAACUCCUGUUUUUAUAGCGAGUAAGAUAUAUAAGACAAAGAUAAUUGCAUAAGAGCAAGCUAGUGCCUUACUAUUUAAAACGGUUUUUGUACUUCAAAGAUGUGUUCGAUGUGUAAAAUCGGAUACUUUUUAGAUUAUCGCACGGGAUUAUGCUACUAACAAUGCCCCACAGGGUAUGCAAAAUAAACUUAGUCAGGAAAUUUUUAAUGUAUCCCUAUUACAAAUUGCAAGUUAUAUGACUAAUAUGGAAACAAUUGUAUUUAAUGUAUGCCCUCUUACUAUCUUUAAAAUUAAUAAGGUGCUACAAUAUGUGUCAAUAAGUGCCCUGAUGGAUACUACUCUAAAACUGAUAUCACUUUAGGAGAUAAAUGCUAUUAAUGCAGCUCAAACUGUAAGACAUGCUAGUACCAAUCCAACCAUUGCUUAACUUGUAAUCAAAAUAGCAGCUUUAAAUAUAUUAUGAUUACUCCUCAUACUCUAACGGUUGGAGGCAUAUAAUUUAGCAAAUAAAUUUGUGUCAAUACCUGUCCUGCUAACAGUAAUGUUAAUUAAAACACUCAAACUUGCUUUACUUGUAGUUCACUUUGUUCCUCGUGCUAAGACGAUCCUAAUAAAUGCACUGGCUGUAAAGAUGGCACAUUAAUCUUUCCACUUAUAUAUUAAGAUCCAAAUAUCAUUAAAUCUCCUUACCUUAAUGAUGCAAGUUUGAAAGGAAACUCUUUUUAAUUAUGUUUAAAAUCAUGUUCCUAAAGCGAAUUAAAUUCCUUAGGAAUAACUACAGUAAAAUCUUACUAUGCUAAUAAUUAGUAGCCUAUUAGAGUAUGCUAAACUUGUCCAUUGGGUUGUUUACAAUGUAAUCCGUCAGCUGCUUCUGUAGCUUCAAAUAAUCUAUAAGAUAUUUUAAAUUAUUAAUGCAGCUAAUGUGACAAAAGCUUAAAUUACUUUAGUAAUAAUUAUGGAGGAUGCAAGUUAGCUGUGUGUGGAGAUGGAUUUAGAGAUGCAAAUGAAUAGUGUGAUGAUGGAAAUAACGCUAACUAUGACGGUUGCAAUUCCUAAUGCUAAAUUGAAUCUGGUUGGAGCUGUACGAAUGAUUAAGGAAAAAGCUCAUUGUGCAACACAAUUUGUGGAGAUUCUUCAAUUAUUAACUACAAAAUUGGAGGAAAAGAAACAUGUGAUGCUGGUUCAAAUUAAGGUAAAAUAGCAGGGUGCUCUUCUUAAUGCACUGCUAUGCCUGGUUAUUUUUGCGCAAUCCCACAAAACAGUGCUAAAACUUAGUGUGGUCUUCCUUGUUUAGGAAGCUGCAAAAAAUGUUAAGUCAAUCAAGAUGGUGUCACAAGUUGUGUAUAAUGUGCAAAUCCAAAUUCAUUUAUAAAUGGUCUUGGGUGUGUUGAUCAAUGCCCUUAAGGAUCAUUAAGAAAUCCUAUAACACAAAGCUGCCAACAAUCAUGCCCUUCUUUAUACUCCUCUAUAGAUUAUGUGGCUAACAUGUGUGUAUCUUAUUGUCCUUAGAAUUUAUUUUCAAUUAAUAAACAGACAUACUUCGAAUGCAGAUAGGAUUGUCCAGCAGGUUAUUUUAAAGAUUAUUACGAAAGCAUUUAAAUAUGUAGCUAAUGCCAUCAGUCCUGCUCUACAUGUUAAAGCUCUCUUCCAACUGACUGCAUGACCUGUUCUGGUAACCUUCUCUAUCAUGUUCAUGACUUCUAUAAUGUAUGUAAACCAACUUGUGAUCCAGGAUUUUAGUUGGGAGUGAUAAACAAUUAAAGUGUGUGUGUUCCUUGCUUAAAAUAGUGUACUGCUUGUGCUCCAAAUUUAUACUUAUUUAAUGGCACUUGUUCACCUACUUGUGACGUCCCAAACACCUCUAAAGAUAGCUCAACUUGGACUUGUUAUUACAAUUCAAUACCUAGUGUUUCCAUUUAGCAAGAAAACACUUCAGGUGUAUAUGGAUUUGUAAAUGACUACAAACUUUUCUCUGUCAUAGAUUAAAUAUAUCAAGUUUAGUCGUAUUUAUGGACUCUCCCUGAAGAAACUAGUACAGUCUCUACUCAGUUCUUCUAUGGGGUUACUUAAAAUCAAUCUACCUUAGUAAUAAAAGGAGCUAAUUUGAUUAGCAAUAAAGUUUAUAAAAUUUAAUUGCAAGCUACCAUUAAUAAUUCUUAAUAUGUUGCUACUAUUUAAAUAGCUACAAUGCAAAAUCCGAUUAUUUAACUUUUUGUUACACCAACUAAAGGCUACUACUUGACAACCGUAUUUUAGUUCAAAACUUUGGGUUGGCCUUCGUACAUGAAUAAAACUUAUUAAUAUACUUUGGUUGGUUUAUCUUCAAUAAACACUGCCAACAACAUUCAAAUUCUAAGUGGGUAUAGCUAAUCUGACAUUUCUAAAUCUUUUGUAUUUCCUCUGCAGAGUUAAGACCAAAUUUACACUAUUUAACUUAACAUUUUUACAUAAGAUUUUUCAAUCGUGCCUGUGACAUAAAUUUAUGUUUAACAAAAUAAAAUGUCAAUAGCAAACAUUACUUAAUAUAUAAUGUCUCAAAAGUUUACUUCUGUCUUAGAUAUCUAAUCAGCUGCUCUUUCUUUCAAUUAUGCAACUUAAGAUGCUAUAAAUAGUAUAUCAUCAAACUUCAACAAACAGCAGUUAUUAUACCAAAAUAUUACAAAUGAUUCAACUUGUACCGCAUAAGACAACUGUAGUGGUAACGGCAAAUGCAUGAUUAUUUCUAGCUAGAUAUAAUGCAAUUGCAAUUCAAAAUAUUCUGGGUAAUACUGCUAAUACACUUCAGAUGAACUAGCAUAGAUUUAGAAUGUAAAUUUUAAAAUACUGAGUGAAUUAGAAAGGUACGGAGUAGAUUCUACAAAUUCAUACGAAUAUGCUACAUCUCUAGAUUCACUAACUUCCCUUACAGAUGCAUUUAAUAGAACUACAAUUAAUAGUUUGAGGUAAAAUUUUAGAUCAUUAUUGUAGCUUGGUUCAGUGAGUAGCAAUGCUUUGCCAGUUGCUUUGGAUGGUUUGAUGGGAUAUUUAUAAAUUUGCUAAUAUUCUUACAGACAAAAUUAUCUUCUUAAAGAAUAUUUAUAUGGUGGUGAAUAAGACUAUGUCCAUUCCGAUUUACUACUUAUCGGUAAUAAUUACAAUUAAAUUAUAGAUAAAGGUAUGUAAGAUGCUUAGUUCUAUAACCAAGAUGGUAAUGCUAUCAUAGACAAUUUGAUUGCGAACUAAGCACUAUAUUCUCUUCCUUAAGACGAUGGUCACUAUUUUGGAAAAUCAGGAGGUUCUAAAAUUUCUAUAAACAACUACCAGAUAAGUAACAUAUAAAACCUAAUGAAGUAUAAUCUAAGUCAACUUGUUAGGCUAUUAGAAGAAUCCUCACAAGAUAACAAUUCAAAAGAAGAAUAAGAUAGAAAUUUACAAACUUCAAAGUCAAACACUGUUUCUCUUGUUGAUUUUAGUUCAAAUUUUUUAAGUGAUUUAUAGAAAUACUUGAGCUAAUAGAAUAUAAAUAGCAUUUCAUUGACAUAAAUUGAAUAUACAAACACAAACCCAUUCAUAGAAAGUUCUCAGCUUAUCUAUUCUUCAGUUCUAAAAAUUGGUAUCGUAAAUGUAACUAAUAACCAAAUAAGCACAAAUUUCCAAUCGCAAUCAGGUUCUAACUAUUUAGCUUACUUGUAGAAGACAGCUGUAUCUCUGGGUGAAAAUGCAGUGUGUGCUGUGUAUAAUUAGACUAGUUAAUAAUAUGAAGAUAAUAAAUUGUGUACUCUACAGAAUUAGAAUAAUGCCUUCUACUAUAUCUGCUAAUGCUCUACAUUUGGCUAUAUAACUAUUAAAGAGCUUGGGGAAUUAUCUAAUUAAUUCUAAAAUGUUUCAUAGAAGUCCUUCUUUUAAAGAAUUUUAUCUAAUUUCGGGUUUAUGUUUAGCAUAUCAAAUAUAAUUCUCUUGCUUGUUUUAAUGCUUAUUCUACUGAUAUUUAAAAAGGAUAAAGACAUUCUUAAGGAAGAUUAUAAGGCUCUACAUCCUCUAUAUUCCAUCCUAUUCAUCAACGAUAUUUUAAAUCCAAGAGAAAUAAGAUUAAUGCUUUUCUUCUUAACUAUAGCUUAGUAAGCCUUUUUCGAAGCACUAUUGUUUUAGAGUGAUGAUAUCUAAAACCUUGGAGCUUCUGCAAUACCUGUAGUAGGUAUUUGUGGAGUACUAAUAUCUUCGGUACUAAACUACAUGACAGGUCUUGUUCACUUCUUUACUGUAUUCAAAGAAACUGUAUACUUCAAGAAAUGGCUACCAUUUUUUUUAAUUUUCUUCAUAGAAUUAAUUGGUUAUUACGUUGGAUUCACAAAGAUCGCAGAUAAUCUUACAAAUCAAAUUAUGCCAACCUGGCUCUCUACAUUUUUUACAGGAUUUUUGUUGGACAUACUCAUUUUGGACAUGAUAUUUAUGGCUUUGUCUAUUAAAGUCAAGUAUAUCAGAAAUUUGGUCUAAGUAAGAGGCUUUUUCUCAGGUAAAAUUAUCACUCUUGAUGAACUCAAGAAAGAAAAAAUUUAAGUUCACAUUGACAAUAUCUAAAAAAGACUGAAAUAAAUAUAAGAAUAAAAAUUUAUAUAAUUCAUUGAUGAUAAAUAAGUAUGA